UUGUUCAUUUACAUCUCUCUUUUUGCAGCAACCUGUAUUACAAAGCAUCCAGCUCAUUCCACUAAAGAGCCUUGCUCAAUAUCAGUCUCUAGACACGCUACUCCGGAGCCACGCAAAAAAGUCAAUGUCGCUUUAGAUCCAGGCCUCCGUGAGCCCGGUGUUUACUCAACCCAUUCGCGCAAAAGUUUUGCCAUGACAUCACCUCUGCUGCCAGCAGUUAUCGUUGGUAAACCAAGUAUCAAAAAUGUGGUACACAUCAGCUGUCCAUAUGACAGGUGA